AUGUGGCUUGUCAAUCCUGGGUACACUGUUCAAUACGCCGAAGAAGUAUACACCGUAACGCCCAGCGAUGACAACCAAGCGGUCAAGCUUCUAUGUCCAACCAAGAAAAUCUUCUCGAGAGGCGAUACGCUGAACCUUGCAACACUCUCACUUGAGAUAGAGGCACAGUUCGAUGGUGUAAUCUCAUUGGAGGUGACGCAUCACGCUGGAACUCGUCGGUUGGGACCAAACUUUGACCUAUUCCCUGACGGCAAACCCGAGGCGACGGGUGAAGUGAAAAAGGGCGCGUACGGCGCAGAUACUACAGUCGUGUCCGGCGCAUUGAGUGCUACCGUUAGCGGCGACGAGCACGCGUUCAAUAUCAAAUUUCAUGCAACUGAUGGAUCAAAGACACUGACUUCACUGCUGAGCAGAAGUGUGGGUCUCGCAUAUUCGCCUGCGCUGAGCACGCCGAAACAGGUAGCAGACCUCGGUGGCCAUAACCACUUUUUGUUCACUCAAACUGAACUUGGUGUUGGCGAAACAAUUCACGGCCUGGGAGAGAGAUUCGGUGCAUGGAACAAAGUUGGUCAACAUAUUGAGGUCUGGAAUGAAGAUGGUGGAACUUCGAGCGAGCAAGCAUACAAGAAUGUUUCCUUCUGCUUAAGCUCAAAAGGUUAUGGCCUUUUUAUUGACACUCCUGAUAAGAUAGAUCUGGAAAUUGGAAUGGAAGGACACCGCCUGAAAUGGUAUAUCAUAUACGGGCCCACUCCCAAAGAAGUCUUGACAAAGUAUUCUGUCCUGACGGGGAAGUCUAACCGCGUACCGGCAUGGUCUUAUGGUCUGUGGCUCAGCACUUCCUUCACGACGAACUACCAAGAGGACACCGUCCAGUCGUUUGUUUCGCAUGAUGUGCCGAAAGCCGCAUCCCCGUCGAGGUGUUCCACUUCGACUGCUUCUGGCUCCGUGCGUUUCACUGGUGCGACUUUGUGUGGGAUCCAGCGGCGUUCCCAGACCCCACUGGCCAAAUCAGAGCGUCUCAAAAUGGCAGGCCUUGUCAACAAAGUGAGUGUGUGGACAAAUCCAUACAUCGGGCAGGCGAGCCCCGUCUUCCAGUUUGCAGCAGAAAGAGGCUAUUUGCUAAAGAAAGCAAAUGGCGACAUAUGGCAAUGGGACCUUUGGCAGACAGGAAUGGCUGUGGUAGACUUUACGAACCCAGAUGCGCGUGACUGGUUCCGAGGGUGCCUGGAGAAGCUAUUUGACAUGGGCGUUGACUCGAUCAAGACCGAUUUCGGAGAGCGCAUCCCAACGCAAAACGUGCAAUGGCACGAUAAGACUGUGGACCCGAACCGCAUGCAUAACUACUAUGCAUUUAUCUACAACGAGCUGGUAUACGAGGCCGUCCAGAAGAAGUUUGGCAAGAAUGAAGCGAUACUGUUUGCACGCACGGCAUGCGCUGGCAGUCAGCGCUUCCCACUCCAUUGGGAAUCAAUCCGAGGGGGGUUGGGGAUGGGACUGGCUUCCUUCGCUUUCUGGACUAGCGAUAUUGGCGGUUUCGAGGGUAGUCCUGAACCCUGGAUCUACAAACGAUGGGUCGCAUUCGGAUUGCUCAACUCGCACAGCAGACUUCACGGCUCCAGCUCGUACCGCGUGCCCUGGUUGAUUGAUGACUCGUCCAUGGAGCCAGAGAACUGUACAGAGGUGCUACGACAUUGGGUAGAACUCAAACGACGACUGAUGCCCUACCUAUAUGCUCACUCGGUCGAGAGUGUUGCAAAUGGAUGGCCUACAAGUCUACGCGCACUUGCUCUCGAGUUUCCGGAUGAUCCUACAUCGUGGUACGUGGAUCGCCAAUUCAUGGUGGGGAGUAAGAUCAUGGUAGCACCAGUAUUCGAAGAAAAUGGAACGGUCGAUUUUUAUCUACCUCCAGGCCGCUGGUUUAGCUUCUGGGAUGGCAAAGAGGUCCAGGGUGGUGGGUGGCGGAAGGAGAUGCACGGCUUCCUUCAGCUGCCACUUUAUAUUUACGAAGGGACAGUGUUAAUCCUUGGUCAAGCGCAGGGAGAUGGCGGAUUCGGGUACAACUGGCUGGGUUGUGGCGGCGAGGUGAGACUUUACGGCGUGAAGACAGGUGAUAGAGCGGUUUUGGUUGAUACAAACGGCGACGAGAAGGGUAUACUUAAGGUUGACUCAGACGGUGAGCUGAAAGAUUUCGACUUGCUUCAAGGAGAUUGGAAAAUCUCAAAACUAGGGUAGGCGGAUGGAAAGGUGACACUGUGACAGUUAGCGAUAUGGCUUCGUGUCACUCCGUUCAACAUUGCUAUUAUAUCAUACAAUGUGGGUGGCUUCUU